CACUGUCACCAAAGAGUAGGUAUUUAGGUAUUUAGGUAUAUCUCCUUUUGAUGUCACCGCGUGAACAGAACAUUUUCUAACCUAAAGAAUUAAUAUUUUGGAAAUUAACCAAAUAAUUUACUUUAUUUAUUAUUGAGGAGAUAAUAAUUUCUUUAGCACAAUGGCUGAAGCAAUGCGUCAAACCGUAGCUGGAAUGUUAAAAGGCAUUGAAAGAUAUAAUCCAGAUCAUUUGGCAACUCUUGAAAAAUACGUUGAAAUACAGUCAAGGGAAAAUGCAUAUGAUUUAGAAGCAAAUUUAGCAGUUUUAAAGCUGUAUCAAUUAAAUCCACAUAGGUUUAACAUGGAUAUUACAUGUCAGAUACUGCUAAAGGCUCUAACAAAUCUUCCACACACUGAUUUUGUUUUAUGUAAAUGCCUCCUGAAUGAAAGAAUUAUGCUAGAAACUCCAAUUAGUCACAUUAUGUACUUAGGAGAUAUUUUAGAACAGUGUGAUUUUCAACAUGCAUGGAACAAAAUCCGUGCUAUGUCUGAUGUUUGUGACAGAAUUGUAGGAUUUCAAGAUUCAAUAAGAAAAUUUGUUUGUCAUGUAGUAGGAAUUACUUUUCAAACAAUAGAUAAAGGCCUCUUAGCACAACUUCUUGGUGGUGUUGAUGAUACUACCUUAAAACAUUGGGUAAAAAAAUAUGGAUGGAAAGAAGAAGGUAAAUCCAUUAUUUUUAUUGCCAAUCAAGAUGAAAAUAUAAAAACAAAAAAUAUUACAGAGAAAAUUGAUUUUGAGAAUGUUGCUGGUUUAAUGGCUGCUUGUCUUUAAACCUUGUAUAAAACUUAUCUCAUUUUCAAUAAUCUUUUUAUAUAAACAAAAUAAAAAACUUAAAUUAU